GAGCAGCACAUGGCAACCCUGGAGUCAGUGUUUUGUGGCGCUUCAGUAUUGAGGAAAGCAGCAGCGAUACGAAUGCGAAAAUCAUCAUCUCUCAACAAUGCCUCUGGCCAAAGAUCUGCUCAACCCAUCUUUUGAUUUUGAGAGAAGACAGCACAAAAAGAAAAGACUUGUGCAAAGUCCCAACUCCUACUUUAUGGAUGUAAAAUGUCCAGGUUGUUAUAAAAUCACCACUGUGUUCAGUCAUGCACAGACAGUUGUGUUGUGUGUUGGGUGCUCUACAGUGCUGUGUCAGCCCACAGGUGGGAAGGCCAGGCUGACUGAAGGUUGCUCUUUCAGAAGGAAACAACACUGAGGAGAAUGGACAAGGAAUGAUGCUUUGAAUACAAAGAAAUUGUGCAACUUCUCAAUGCCUUACCUUUUCAUUGAUUACAAUGAAUGAAUUUGAAGUGUGAUUAUGAAUGAUGCAUGGCAGGUUCUUACUACCGUGUUAUCAGUUCAGCUUUCUGAAUAAAUCUUCUGCAUUAUAAAA